GGAAAUUCCCAACUGCGCCAUCGAAGCAAAAGUUGGAAUGGCCAAUUUUCGUUUCUUUCCGAGGUAUGGUUAGGGCCUACUGUUUAUGUCUCGGGAGGCGGAAUAUUUUGAACACUGUCGCGCUGUUGGUCAACAAUACUUACUCUACUGCAUUUGAUCGUUGGACAUUUCAGAAAGGGUGGUAACCAGACCAGACAAGCCAACGCAGAUGCUGAACAGACAACAUAAUCAUCAUCUUACAUGUCAGGGUCAUUUAGAAAGAACACCUAAAUAUGUCUGAUCAGGGGAAGACGUAUAGCGUCGAGUUUGAGAGACGAGGGAAAGAGAUCGUCUUAGCUAAUGGAACAUUCAAGGAACUGGUGGAGGCAGUUAAGCGCGAGUUCCAGAUUACCUGUGAAGUAGUAUUAGAUGCAGUUCGGCCAGAUGGCAGCGAAUGUGAAAUCUGGGGUGACAAGUUCCUGGAGGACUUCGACAAUUCAACAUGCAAAAUUGUUGUGCACUCCAAUGCACAAAAUCCUUGCGCCAUUUCAUUUGGAACGAAGGAGUACAGCCUCGACGCCAUCCCACAGUCGGAUUCAAUUCUCAUAACCAUCGCCAAGGAAGUGGUAAUCCCGGAAUUCAACGUACCAAGCUUCGUGGAAAACCUGAAAAUGUUUGUCAGCUGUGUUCGCCUGACGCACUUUCACCUUCUAGCGUCCGGGAACAACAAACUUGCAAUGGACCUCCACAAACUGGGGCGUGCAGGGCUGAAGCCGUUGUCAGAUAAAUGUACCAUUACCCUUGAUCUAUUCACCAGUACAUGUCGAUCAAUAUUGGAAACGUUCAGAACGGUCUUCGCUCAUUGUUUAGAAGGACUUGAGAAGCAGGCCAUCAUCAACCUAGAAUGCCUUGGUCGCAAAGCCUCUUUGAUGAAAGAUAAGACAGCGGAGAUUAUCAAGGACUUGGAAUAUCAAAUAACAAAUACGGAGGAGCUGUUGGAAAACACUGGACAUGAGUGGGUCCAUGAAAGUAAUAAGGUUGAAGAAAAGGAUCAGGAGAUGGAUCGUACCAAUGAGAAGUUGGAUGAUCUUCAUGAGCUGAAUGACAUAGCUCAAUCUACCCUUAAUGAGGCUGAAAUGGCUGGUGAAACUUACAGAACCAUGACAAGAGAAAUCAACUUUCUGAAAUACGGCUUUUGGUGUAUUCGUUAUGCGUUCAAUAAAACACCUCAAGUCGGUUCUGAUUAUUACAACUGGGUUCGGAGCUGGAACCAUAAUGUCCAAGCACAAGAAGAAGCAAAAGAAGCGAGGUCUUCUUUGAAGACUGUUGCUGCAGAGCAGAAGAGGGAAGAGAAAAAACUUCAGAAGACGGAAAAGGAACGAAAUGACCUGGCCAAGCAGGGUGAAUAUCUUGCAAAAGGGCUAGAAGCUAUUAAGAAUGCUUACCUGACCAUGCAAGCUAUGCACACGUUCUGGAGAAAGAUGGAGAUGGCCAUCGCGCAGCUUACUGACAACGAGCCUUUUAUUGAGUGCUUGAAGAAGUCCGAUAACCAGGUCAUCAAGAAGCUGUUGCGAUCGAGGGCCUUCAAGCGACAAGGGAUCAUCUACAUGGCAAGGUGCGUAGCCAUACGUGAUAUAUCCAUUUCCUGUGGGAAGGGAAUGAGCACGGUCAAAGCUGGAAUGGAGGCGUUCUUGCGGGAAACGCCUAACAAAUCAGAAGCACAGAGGAUGCUUGAGGAUGAAGCGUUCGUCAGACGAUUAGAGUUGAACAGUGGACCAGUCGAUCCGAGUGCGACUGGUACAGAUAUUGCGGGUGCCAUAACGACGGAGGAGAGGGAGAUUCGUCACUCUUUCCAGCAACCUGCAGAAAAUUGGCUGCAGUUUGGACUGCCGGUUGAGGUGUCAAACUAAAGUCUAGACGGCAAUGACGUAUUGUAAUUAACGUGCAGUUACAUUUUACUGCGUGUGUGCGGUUCAAGGACACUAGUUCGAGCCAUUUUUUAUAUUUUAUUUCGAAAAGAAAAUAGUACUGCCGGUGUAGAAGUAGAAAAUGUACCCUGAAAAAGUAUGUCUGGCAUAUUAUAUUCUGAAGGAUUGUGGUAUGUUUCUAUAGAGGCCAUGACUGUUAAAAGCUCAGAGAUUAACGCCUGAAGUGGAAUCCUUUUUUUCCUUGGACAUUCUAUCCUGGGACAUUUCAAACGUCUACACUAGGUUUAUAACUAGAAAUGUUGUCUCUUUGCAUGUAUUUACUUUAUUGUUUGUGGAUAAGAGUUCUAAAAUUUAGAAUCGUAGAUAAGCAUGUCAUGACCGCAGCUACUAGGAACUUAUAUAUUUGUAAUACUCCAAUUGGAGUGACCACGAAAACCUCCCAAAAAGGCCCCAAAAGUUGUUACUCUCCGAAAUCCCGCUUAUGAUUAAUGCCUCGUCGGGAUCAGCUGUAAAGUUUACUCAUACAGGGCAGAGACAUGUAUUCAUCCACAAAGUCACAUAGAACUUAUCAAAAUGUCAAGUUGUGGUAAAUACAUGGCUGGAAUGGACCAAAGUGGAAUUAAUUCUCAAUCUAUGGUUGAUUCUUAAUCUACAGAGUCGGGCCAUCACAGAAAUAUGCUUUGAUAACAUAUUUAAGAAAAUGUGGUCUCACUGGUCAGUUUAGAACUUGUACUUUGACAGGGCCAUAUCAAUGCGCCAGUGACGUUUUGAUGGAUAUGGUGUACGGAAAUAUUUUUUUCUCAGGCAAUCGGUAUUGGAAUUUUUAAAAACUUUAUUAUGCUAUUGGUAAAGGGUUCUUCUUGACACAUAUGAAAUUUUGUGCAGAUUGAUUGGUCCAAGGUGUACUUUUUUUACCAAAACGUAUGCACAACAAUGUACACGUAAUGUACAUAGGUUUUAAUAGAGGACUCUGGCCUACAAUGUAGAUGCUACAGCUUGGCGUCCGGUAUUCUUUUGUGCACCUUUUUCAGUUAUUGCAAAGAUGCUGUGGUUGUUAAUCAACAGUGUCCUGGUUUUUAGUUCGCAAGGUGUUUAUGUCGGCCAUGUUUCAUGAUGUCACAUGUACGUGCAUGGUUCAAUAUGGAAACCACAUGUUCAUAAAUACUCUGAGCGAAUCAGCGUUUGCAGUUGGGAUAUUUGACAUGCACGAUGUAACAAUCCGAGUAGUGUACGAAAUCGAAUUGGCAUACAUAUAUAGACAUUUACAUCAAACAUGGCAGACAACACCGAUCGUCUUAUUUGCCCAUCGUUCCGUGCUGCCAUAUGCGAGACGAUCGGGUACAAAUCUAGACCUAUAUCCGAACAAAACCACUACUGGAUGUUUCAAUUACGAUGCAACCUAUCCCCUGACACCAAUAACCACCCCACCGGAUCUCGUUUUUUUCCCGCAGUGCAAAAACUGGACCAUGGAGGGCGUGUAUUUUUUGGAUUCGGGAUGAGGAUAAAUAAAACAGUGGCAUUCUUGUUAUUUUUAUUUGUUUGUAUAAUAUAUGCAAUUUACAUUGUUGAUGUUCCUUGAUAUAGCAAAUUAGACCACUCGCAUCUGAUUAGUGAAAAUGACAGGAUAUUAUCCUUAUCUGCUUUUCAAGCUGUAAAUAAAUUUGACCGCAUGCAAGUCAUUUUUAAAUGUUUUGCUUAGGGUGUGCGUUUUAACUGUUCGCCUUCGGUAGACAAAAUGUUAGACAUACAUGUCAGGCUUAGUUUUGUUGAAUAAAGCAUGUAUUAACAAA